CAGACCCAGCGCAUUGUCUUCUGCUACCGGAUCUCGGCAGUGAAUGCUACGCACACCUGAUGCCGCGCCUUCCAGGACCCCAUACUGUGUGGGGUGGCCCCCAAAAUCCGCAAAAGCUUAAAAGGACUGCCACUCCCGCUGCCACAUAUUGUGGCACAGUCAUUCAUUUGUUUGUUGCAAGUACCUGCAUCUCGUUUGGCUUUUAUGUUUUCGACGUUCUUUCAAGCUUGACUAUAUCUCUCCUAAUCAUACACAGAUCUCACUUCAAAGCUUCCUUCAGCGAGUCGCCAGCUCUUCGAUCUCCUGCUGAACUCAAUUCGCUUUCGCUCUUCCCCUGCCUGAUACUUAGUGUAUACGUGUCUUGAACGCCGAAACGACUGGCCGCCCAUUACCGGAGUUACUAUAAGGGAAACUGCACAUAGGAAAAAAA